AUGGGAGAACUACCGGUGGCUAGAACCUAUGCCGUGGAGAGCCACCACCACAACUUGCUAGAGGCUGCGAUUGGAGACAAGCAAUUAGCCAGAGAGUCCAAAAUACAUAGUUAUGGAAAGAGCUUCAACGGAUUCGUUGCACGACUUUUACCACAUGAGGCGGAGAAAUUGCAAGAGGAGGACAGUGUGGUAUCUGUGUUUCCAAAUACACACCGUAAACUACACACAACAAGGUCGUGGGACUUUUUAGGAAUGCCCCUAAACGUGAAGAGAAACUCCAAGGUGGAAAGCCAUAUCAUUGUGGGCGUGUUAGAUACAGGUAUUUGGGUUGAUUGCCCCAGUUUCAACGCUAAGGGCUAUGGACCUCCCCCACGUAGAUGGAAAGGCAAAUGUGAAACGGGAGCAAACUUUACUGGCUGCAACAACAAGGUGAUCGGAGCAAAAUACUUCAAUCUGGCGAAGAGCAACUCACCCUCGGACAACCUGAGUCCGGCGGACGACAUAGGGCACGGCACUCACACGGCGUCCACGGCGGCCGGAGCAGCGGUGAAGGGUGCGAGUCUCUACGGCAUUGGCAAAGGCACGGCGAGGGGCGGGGUCCCCUCAGCCCGCGUGGCCAUGUACAAGGUAUGCUGGUUAGACGACUGCAACGACAUGGACAUGCUCGCCGCCUUUGACGAAGCCAUCGCCGACGGCGUCAACAUCAUAUCCAUCUCCAUUGGAGGCCCCUCCCAUGACUUCUUCACCGACCCAAUUGCCAUUGGAUCGUUCCACGCCAUGGGGAGAGGGAUUCUCACUUCUUGCUCUGCCGGCAACGGUGGCCCUCGCCCCAUGACGGUCGAGAAUGUCGCUCCCUGGCUUUUGACGGUGGCUGCUAGCGCCGUUAAUCGCCAGUUCACUACACUUGUUGCUUUCGGUGAUGGAAAGAACAUAACAGGACUUUCUAUUAAUACCUUUGCCCCCAAGAAAAAGAUGUAUCCAUUGACUAGUGGGCUCCUUGCGUCGAACCUUAGUGGAGAAGGCUACGGCAGUGCUAGUGGUUGUGAUUAUGGGACUCUAAGUAAGGAAAAGGUACAGGGCAGGAUAGUGUACUGCGUUGGGGGAACAGGCACUCAGGAUUUAACCAUCAAAGAAUUAGGGGGAGCAGGUGCCAUCAUAGGCCUUGAUGAGGAAAUUGACGCCUCCUACACCACAGUCAUUCCAGGGACAUUUGUUGAAGCCAGUACUGUGGGCAAUACCAUUGAUCUCUACAUCAAUUCCACAAAGAAUGCUAGAGCGGUUAUUCACAAGACAACAACUACAGAAGUCCCUGCUCCAUUCCUUGCUUCUUUUUCAUCUAGAGGUCCUCAAACAAUCACCCCAAAUAUCCUCAAGCCUGACUUGGUUGCCCCGGGAGUGAACAUACUAGCUGCAUAUUCCAAAUUGGUAACACUAACAGGGUACCAUGAAGACAAUCGUUACGAUGUAUUUAACAUAUUAUCAGGAACAUCUAUGGCAUGUCCACAUGCCACUGCAACCGCUGCCUAUGUCAAAUCCUUCCACCCUGAUUGGAGUCCUGCUGCAAUUAAAUCUGCUCUCAUGACCACUGCAACUCCCAUCAAAAUCAGUGACAAUUUCACGGAACUGGGAUCUGGGUCGGGUCAGAUUGACCCUGUAAAAGCAUUACAUCCUGGCCUGGUUUACGACAUGAGAAUAAGCUCCUACAUCGGCUUCCUUUGCAAGGCAGGCUUCAACAAUACCAACAUUGGCAUACUGAUAGGCAAACCAAAUUUCAAUUGCACAAGCAUUAAGCCUUCGCCAGGCACUGAUGGAAUCAACUACCCCAGCAUGCAUAUCCAGCUCUUGAGUGCAAGUGAUAGAAUUUCUGCAGUUUUUCUUCGAACUGUGACUAAUGUAGGAUCUCGAAAUUCAACUUACAAGGCUAAAGUUACAACACCCAAGGGUCUUUCUGUGAAGGUCAAGCCAAAUAUAUUGAAGUUUAGUCGGUUGCACCAAAAACUGUCGUUUAAGGUUGUGCUGAAGGGACCUCCAAUGCCGGAGGACACAUUUGUGGAAUCUGCAUCACUUGAAUGGAAAGACUCUGAACACACUGUCAGAAGUCCGAUACUUGUCUUUAAGCCUAUGACUGUGUAUUGAACCAAAGCCCGUAGUCGACACAUUGGAUAAUCUAGGAAUUUGAGCUCAGGAAUUUUUGGAUUAAAUAGAAAAAUAUUCAUGAGUUUUUUUUUUUUUGUGUAGCAAAAAAAAAAAGGUUCAAAAGUUUUCCUUCUUUCCCUUGUUUUGAAUAUUUGCUUAAGCUUAACGAAAAAGAAUUUAGCAGCGCGAAUGAUAAUUAA